AAAGCUUAUGUUGACCACCUUAACCACUAGCUGACUAUUUCCAAUUGGCUUAGCCCUGUAAGCAGCUUUCCUUGUAUUCUUCUGAAUAAGCUGAGAGAAUCUUUAGUUUUUAUUCACUAAGACUGGCCUUGGACUCUCAUCCAUUUAAUUUUUUCUUUGUGCACUGUGUAGAAACCCUAGCUACAAGAAAAGGAUGGGGAGAGGGAAGAUUGUAAUUCGAAGGAUCGAUAAUUCUACGAGUAGGCAAGUAACCUUUUCAAAGAGAAGAAAGGGUUUGAUCAAGAAGGCGAAAGAGCUCGCAAUACUAUGUGAUGCAGAAGUUGGUCUUGUCAUCUUCUCCAGCACUGGAAAGCUCUAUGAAUUUGCAAGCACCAGCAUGAAAUCAGUUAUUGAACGAUAUAACAGCUUGAAAGAGGAACACCAACAAUUGUUGAAUUCAUCAUCAGAAGUCAAGUUCUGGCAAAAAGAGGCUGCAAUCUUGAGACAACAACUACAGAAGUUGCAGGAAAACCAUCGGCAACUCAUGGGCGAACAGCUUUAUGGUUUGAGUGUUGAAGACCUGCAGAAUCUAGAGAACCAACUGGAGAUGAGUUUGAGAGGUGUUCGCAUGAAAAAGGUCAGAAAUCUCCAGUAUUUAUACAAUUUUUAUGCAUAAUCUCCUGGCAGUCAAUUUGAAACAGAUGCCUGAAAUUUGAUGUGCUUAAUUUUUAACUUUUGCAGGAAUGGAUAUUAACUGAAGAAAUACAAGAAUUAAGCCGAAGGGUCUUUCAAAAAUUACACUAGCUGUGUUUUGGUUACAUUUUU